AUGACCACUUAUCUUUUGGAAGUAAAACCAAAAAAAUGGGCUCGGCCAUUCUUUCCAACGAAAAGGUAUAACAUUCUUACAAGUAACAUUGCCGAAUCUAUAAAUGCAGCAAUUGUGCAUGCGAGAGAAUUGCCUAUAACGUCGUUAAUAGAAGCUAUAAGAGAGAUGCUUCAAAGAUGGUUUUCAACAAGAAAAGAAGCAGCAAUCAACCAAUUUGUUGAGGUGAAAAAAUGGGCAAAUGAUGAAAUGGAGAUCAAACUUGAUGUGGCAUUUCGAAUGAAGGUAGAUGCAAUUGAUGCAAUGAAAUCUAGUGUCACAUAUGGUGAUCGAGUGUUUGUUGUCGACUUGGAACAACAUAUGUGCACAUGUAAUGAAUUUCAACUAGAGGGAAUUCCAUGUGCACAUGCUAUUGCAACAAUUGAAAGCAAGUACUUGGACAAGUACAAAUUUUGCUCAAAUUGGUAUAAAAAUUCUGUUUUGAAAGAGACAUAUGCAGGAUCAAUUAAUCCUCUUCCAGAUAAAGAUGAUUGGAGUGUCCCAGAUGAAAUUAUAGGAGAUAGCAUGAAAGCUCCAAAAUUCAAAUGUAAAGACUAUAAAGAUGCAAUGUUAUACAUAUUUGUUGCGUUGUGGACUUGUGGAUAA